AAUACACCCAAAAAAAAAAAAAAAAAAAACUUCUUCGAUUCCCAAAGAAAGUGAAACAUCCUUCAUCCACUGAACGAAAGCUCAUCUUCUUCAAUCUUCAUCACUGUACUCAAAUUUCCACCAUGUGAGUACACACAAAGAACUUCAUCUUUUACCUUACCUUUCGGCUCCAACUUGUUCUUUCCCUUUCCUCUCUCUCUCUCUACUCUCAAAUCAAACAACAAUCGAAUUAUUUCCCGCCUUUACAUCACCUCCUUUUUUUUUUCUAUUCUCGAAUCCCCUUCGUCAUCUUCUUCCACUGCAUUUUUCUAUUCACUUUCUUACUUCAAUUUGCUUGGUGGGUUUCAAUCUCUGUGUUGAAAUUCACCCGAUUUCCCAUUAAACAAAUGGGGGAAAAGGAAAAAGAAAAGAAAAAAAACCUAAUAAUCAGUGAGCUCAUGGGGAUGAUUUAGUUGUUUUUUUUUCUUUUUCCCCCAUGAUUCUUUUCGAUUCUGAAAAGUGGGUUGCUCUUCUUUUUUUUUUAAGAUUCUUUAGCCAUUUGUGAAAGGAGAUUCUUGAUUCCCUUGUAUUGAUUCCGAUUUAAACGCCUCCUUUUUGAAAAUCGCCCAAAAAAGCUUCAAUGUCUCUUGGCCUUUAGCCUCUGUAUCCGUCCCCUUCUCUUCCCUUUCCCCUUUCUUUUGACUUCAAAAUCAAAACCCCUUUUCGAAAUGGACUUAUAAAUGAGCUCUUAAGCCACACCCUUCACAAAAAUUAGUUUCUCAUAGCCACAACUAAUGGAAACUCUGUAUCCAUCUUCACAUCUCUCGAGCUCUUCCUGGUUUGUGCUUGAUAAUCCAAGUACAAAGUGGACUAAGGAAGAGAACAAGAUGUUUGAGAGGGCUCUUGCUAUAUAUGAUAAAGAAACACCUGAUAGAUGGUUCAAAGUAGCUGCAAUGAUCCCUGGAAAAACUGUGGGGGAUGUGAUUAAGCAAUAUAGAGAGCUUGAAGAAGAUGUUUGUGAAAUAGAAGCUGGGAGAUUCCCAAUCCCAGGUUAUGAUUUUGCGUCUUCUUUUUCAUUUGAGUUUGUUGAUGAUCGAAAUUUCGAUGUGUAUAGAAGGAAAUCUUCUGUUGGUAGGGGCUCUGAUCAUGAAAGGAAGAAAGGAGUUCCAUGGACAGAGGAAGAACACAAGGUGUUCCUGCAAUGGAAAUUAUUUAUCUAUAGGCAAUUUCUAAGGGGACUUUUGAAGUAUGGAAAAGGUGAUUGGAGAAACAUCUCAAGAAACUUCGUGAACUCCAAGACUCCUACUCAAGUGGCAAGCCAUGCUCAAAAAUACUUCAUGAGGCAGCUUUCAGGAGGCAAAGACAAGAGAAGGCCAAGCAUCCAUGAUAUCACUACUGUUAAUCUCACAGAGGCCACAGCAUCAGAGAAUGAGAAGUUAUCUUCAAUGGAUCAGCUUUCCAAGCUUCCUUCACUGCAGAAGGCAUCCUGCUAUCAAAAGCUUUUGUUCGAUUGGAACCAAUCCAGCGAUGGGGGGCUGCUUGGUUUAGGAUCUAAUUUUGGUGAUCAUCUUGUGUCGUUCCCAUCUGGGAUUGCUGCAAAUGGAAUAAAGAAUGAGCAAGAUCAAGAACUGAACAAUGCAUAUUAUGGAACUUACACCAAACCUCACAAAUCCAUAUUUCAAUUUGAACCCUCAAGACAUCAAAUUUACGGAUGAGGCGGAUAGAUGUUCGUGUUCAUUGCUCGGUUUUUAAAAACGCCAUGUCCAAUAAGGUUCUAUAGACUCUUAAAUGUCAAUACCUUUUCUUUUCUGAUGUUGUGUUUAUGAAGAUCAAAAGAUUCAUAUAUCUGUCCUUUAUCAUCAAAGACAUAUGUGUGCCAUAUGAAAUCAAAAUAGAAAAAAAAAAAAAAAAAACUUGCAUUUGUCCUUGGAUUUCCUGUUGUACUGGAGACCUUCUACUGUUUGAAACUUGAACACUUGCUAUAA